AUGGCGUCCAAAUUUACCGUAUACACUUGUGGCGGCUCGCAGUGGGCCCAGGUGUCCCAUCUUGCAUUGGCGGAAAAAGGCAUCGCGGAAAAUGAGUAUGAUGUCAAGGAGGUUGAUCUAUUUGCCGCCGACAAUUUCGACCCUGAAUACUUGAAGGUGAACCCCAACGGCACCGUGCCAAGCAUCACUUCGCCUUCGCUGGACAAGAACAUCAUCGAGAGCGUAGAUGUCGUCAGGUGGAUUGAUGGGCUCAAGGGAGAGCGCACUUUGGUGCCCUCGGAUGCCGCUGCCAAGAGCAAGGCGCAGGCCAUUAUCGAUCUUGUCCACUCAUUCGAUGGAAGAACCGACACUGUCCUCUUCCACGCCCGGAACGAUGAAGAGAUGAAUGCCAAGAGAGGCACCGGCUUCAAGGAUUACCUGGUGAAACGCCAGCACAGGCUUAUCAAGGAGAAGGAGGCCAAUCCAGAUCAUCCAUUCUAUGGACCCAAGAUCCUGGACAAUGGCUCCCUCGCCAAAUUCUAUACGGAACCCAUUGGAGAGGAGCACAAGCAGUUCUACAAGGACGCCGACGAAGCCCUGAAAAUCUGGGCCAAAGAGCUGGAGCGGCUGGACUCUCUCCUGGUACUGCCGUAUGCAGUGGGUGAUUCUGUCACGGAGGCUGAUAUCCACGUCACAACAUGGCUGUCGCACGCAAUGUGGGGAGUCGGCUCGGAUUUGACCCAGAUUCAGAAUUUCGACACCCUGGAGAAGUUUAUCCAAAAGUCGGCUCCUGAGUUCAAGUUUGGUAGGAAGACACGGAAAUGGUGGGCCAAUAUCACCGCCACGGCGUCCUUCAAGAAGGUAUUCCCGCAACUGCAUUAA